AUGUCCUUUGAGGACAGAGACGAGGAGGACACCUCGCAAGCUGGAUGUGAGACACCUCGCAAGCUGGAUGUGAGAGCCUUCCUUCUUAGGCGACUCACUGAACAUACUCAGCAGCUUCAGGAGCGUUCUGGACCACGCCUGGGGCUCAACCUGGACCCAGAUGCUGCGGUCCUCCCCAAAGAGGGCUGGCUGGAGCAGCGGCUGGACCCUUUCAAUGCAUCUGAUGGACGAGUCUUCCUGCAGGCAGGAACCCAGCUGCCCCUCCCCUCUGAUUCCAGGCUGGCAGACAUGGCCUCUGCCCACCUCGCCCUCUCUCGCCUUCUCAACGUCUCCUCCUCCAGCCCGUGGAUCUGCUUCGGAGGCUCCUAUGCUGGCUCCCUGGCCGCCUGGGCCCGGCUGAAGAUUGUCCUGCACAGCCUGGAACAGAAGUGUUUAAGCACUUCCCGAGCAGAGACAGUGGCACAGCUGAGGAACAGAGAUCCUCAAGUGUCCAGCAUGGGUGACCGGCAGUGGUUGUACCAGACGUGUACUGAGUUUGGCUUCUAUAUCACCUGUGCGGGCCCUGGAUGUCCUUUCUCCCAGCUCCCAACGCUGCCCUCCCAGCUCAGUCUAUGUGAGCAGGUGUUUGGCCUCUCCAUUUCCUCAGUAUCCCAGGCUGUGGACCAGACAAAUUACUACUAUGGCGGCCAGAUCCCGAGGGCUACCCACGUGCUUUUCGUUAAUGGGGACUCAGACCCCUGGCAUGUGCUCAGUGUCACACAGUCUUUGGGGCCCUUGGAGUCAGCCCUUCUCAUUCCCAAUGCCUCCCACUGCUUGGACAUGGCACCCGAGAGCUCCUCAGACGCCCCCAGCCUCCGCCUAGCCCAGCAGUAUGUGGCACCAGUGUUGUUGUUAGGUGCCAUCAAGUUUUAUUCCACUCAGAGGGGCCCCGAUGUAUAA